AUGGCAAAUAAACCUAUCGUCCUCCAUCUUGGCGACGCCAUCAAAUACAAUCAUGGCUUUUAUAACGAUGAAUUUCUAAGACGAUUCAAUGUCAUCCAGGCAACUGAGACUGACAGACAGGGAUUUAUUCAAGCACUGAAGUCAAAGAAGUACGGAAACUUCUCUGCAUUGUUUCGCCCACACUUCCAGACUGGAGGCUUCAUGGGCCAGUGGGACGCAGAGCUCAUUUCUUUACUCCCACCAACUGUGCGAAUCUUCGCUUCAGCUGGCGCUGGAUUUAAUUGGGCCGAUGUUGAUAUACUCGGCGAGCACAAGAUUUGGUACGCCAACGGCGCAGGUGCCUCGGACGAGGCAGUUUCUGAUACUGCACUGUACAUGAUUCUUAGUGUAUUUCGCAACUUCACCCGCUCGCAGCUGGCCGCGAGAACGGCAGAUCCAGAGAUCUUCACCGCGACCCAUAAAUUGAUUGCAACCAUUUCUCAGAAUCCGCGAUGCCAUAUCUUGGGCGUGGUUGGUUUUGGAAAUAUCAGCAAGAAGCUUGCUUUCAAAGCCCGGGUGGCUCUCGGAAUGAAGAUUCAUUAUUUCGACAUUAUUCGGGCUGAUCCAAAGGAGGAAACAGAGUUAGAAGCGACAUAUCAUGAAUCUUUGGACGAGCUAUUGAAGAUCGCCGAUUGCAUUACCCUCCACACGCCCCUCAACAAGCACACUCAAGACUUGAUUGAUGCGAGAGCACUAUCUUUGAUGAAGCCAGGGAGCAGGAUCGUGAAUACGGCUCGAGGGCCAAUCCUAAACGAAGAUGCUCUGGUUCAUGCGUUGGAAACCGGCCAUAUCUCUGCGGCCGCGCUGGAUGUUCAUUACCAUGAGCCGCAGGUAUCGCCGAGGCUGGCCAGCAUGGAGAACGUCACCCUCACUACACAUAUCGGGGGCGGUGCUUUGGACACGAGAAUAAAUUUCGAACUGAAUGCCAUGAAAAACAUACUUGCCGUUGUGGGACCGGAUGGGGAAUUUGUUGGAGAUCCAAUCACGCCUGUGAAUAGGAGGGCUUUCGAAGGGGCAGCAUGA